AUGUGGGCGUGUGUUUCAGACCCUUUUGACGAGAUUAAAGUUGCCAAAGCAAUUACUGAAUCUCUCAAAGGAAGUAGGGUGGUGGUAACAACCAGAAAAGUGGAAGUUGCUACUAUGAUGGGAGCAGCUGCCCAAAUGAUUACCAUGCAACUGCCGUCUGAUGAGUAUUGUUGGUCAAUAUUUAGCGGACUUGCAUUCAGGGAAAGAAAUAGUGAAGAGUGCAAACAAUUAGAGAGAGUUGGGAGGCAAAUUGCAAGCAAGUGCCAAGGCUUGCCUCUUGUAGCAAAGAGCUUAGGAAGUUCGAUGCGUUCCGAGGUGACUGAAGAGGAGUGGAAAGAUGUUCUAUGUAGUAGAUUCUGGGAAUUGAAAGAUGAGCAAACCAAAACUUUUGCUCCAUUCUCCUUGAGCUAUUAUGAUUUGUCUCCUGGAGGAAGACGUUGCUUCUGUUAUUGUUCUGUAUUUCCUAAAGAUUGUGAGUUUGAAAAAGAUGGUUUGGUUCACAUGUGGAUGUCACAAGGUCAUUUAAGUGGUAGUCGAAAUCCGGAGGAAGAAAGUGAAAAGUGCUUUCAAAUUCUAACCGUGCGGUCUUUCUUUCAAGAUUUCGAGGUAGAUUAUGAUGGAAGCAUUAAAAUAUCCAAAAUGCACGACAUAUUGCAUGACUUUGCCCAACUUUUGACAAGAAACAAAUGCUCUACCAUGAGAGUUGAAGUUAAUAUGGAGAAAGCAGAGCCUCCUAGAGUUGAAAAGAUCCUUCACUCUUAG